UGUAGAGAUAUUCUGCUGCUGUGAAUCCUGCAGCACAAUCUGCCCGCCGAAGUCGACGCCGGUCUUGCUGGUCGAGGGUUGGAUGUCGGCCGAAACGACCAUGGCGAACAGCGCGCAUGUCAACUGCCACGGCAGCCGCUGCAGCGCUCGCACCAACAUGGUGCCGUGACGCACUUCUUCCUCUCUUGGAUGGCAGUCGUCAGUCGUCAGUCGUCAGUCGUCUUCUCGUCUUAUCGAUGCGCUGCUCUCAUCCAUCGAACGAAUGAAUGCUGGCGGGGUCCCGAAACCACACGUCGUCUCUUUCUCUCCCCGGAAAGCGAGUCCAAAGCACAAACGAAAUAUGUGCGGGCGCCCUCCCGCUAUACGGCAGACAUGGCGCAACGGGCGUGGUCGAAGAAGAAGAAGGAGAAGAAGAAGAAGUGCAGAGUGCAGAGUGCAGAGUGCAGCAACGCGAGACUGGGAAGGAAGGCGGGUGUCCCGGUGCGAACCCCGGUCGCGGCUCGCUCGGAGGGGCAGAUCAAUCAGCAGUCGGCCGCCGGUAUCGUGCGGGAACUGUGGAACGAUGAUGCGUGCAACUCCAGUCUCCAGGCCUCUCCUGUGCCACACGCUGACCGGGAAUCAAGCGCUGCACUCCGCCGUCUGAAACCGGGUCCGUUCACUCUCGGUCUCCUUGCAUUCAUUCUCGCCUGGGCCGCACCGCCUCACUACCACUUAUCCUGAUUCCUCAUCAUGGCUU